AUGGGACAGUGUCGUGAGCCGGGAAGGUUGAUCACUCUUUGUGAGGAUGGGAAAGAUGCUCAGGCAGCGAACAGCAAGAACGAGGCCUGUGCUGCUGCAGGCGUUGAGGGCCUCCUGCUGAGUGAGGGUCCCUUGCUGAGUGAGGGUCUCCUGCUGAGUGAGGGUCCCUUGCUGAGUGAGGGUCUCCUGCUGAGUGAGGGUCCCUUGCUGAGUGAGGGUCUCCUGCUGAGUGAGGGUCUCCUGCUGAGUGAGGGUCCCUUGCUGAGUGAGGGUCUCCUGCUGAGUGAGGGUCCCCUGCUGAGUGAGGGUCCCUUGCUGAGUGAGGGUCUCCUGCUGAGUGAGGGUCCCUUGCUGAGUGAGGGUCUCCUGCUGAGUGAGGGUCUCCUGCUGAGUGAGGGUCCCCUGCUGAGUGAGGGUCCCUUGCUGAGUGAGGGUCUCCUGCUGAGUGAGGGUCCCCUGCUGAGUGAGGGUCCCUUGCUGAGUGAGGGUCCCCUGCUGAGUGAGGGUCCCUUGCUGAGUGAGGGUCUCCUGCUGAGUGAGGGUCCCUUGCUGAGUGAGGGUCUCCUGCUGAGUGAGGGUCCCCUGCUGAGUGAGGGUCCCUUGCUGAGUGAGGGUCUCCUGCUGAGUGAGGGUCCCCUGCUGAGUGAGGGUCCCUUGCUGAGUGAGGGUCUCCUGCUGAGUGAGGGUCCCUUGCUGAGUGAGGGUCUCCUGCUGAGUGAGGGUCCCCUGCUGAGUGAGGGUCCCUUGCUGAGUGAGGGUCCCCUGCUGAGUGAGGGUCCCCUGCUGAGUGAGGGUCCCUUGCUGAGUGAGGGUCCCCUGCUGAGUGAGGGUCUCCUGCUGAGUGAGGGUCUCCUGCUGAGUGAGGGUCCCUUGCUGAGUGAGGGUCCCUUGCUGAGCAUUCCGGUAGCACACAGAGCCCGCCUGACCCCGCUGUGGCUGCUCCGUGCUCACGUGCUGCCGCAGCUGCAGGGACUUUCCCAGCUCCGUGUCACCCCCGUGUCACGGCAGACGCUGAGUGUGCCAGUUCCAGGACUCCUUCCCGUGGCUGCCCGUGCACUGAGCAGAAGUCGGGUCCCAGGCACACAGGAGAUCUGGACUACGGACCCCAGUUCUUAGCUGCAGAAACUGACAUUCUCCCCUCCUUUCUCUGCCGGAACAGAAGGUUUGCUCGCGCCGCGGUGCGAGGGGCCGGGGACGCUGGCUGCAGCCGUUCCCGGCGCAGAGCCGGGUCCGUGGCUCACGUGCCCUCGCGCCAGGAGCCUUGUCCUCUCUCGGCUGCUCCGUUUUCCGCAGUAUCUUCCGCUCCGGCGGCGCUGGCAGGGCUGCGCCCCGGGGGACCGAGGCCUCGGUGUGCUGGCUGCCUGGAGCAACGCGUCACCGUGCUUUGGGUUCCUUGGCGUUCAGGCAGAAAACUGCACGUGGGUCGGUCGUGGUUUGUCGCCCUGCUGGCGGUGGCCGCUGCGGUGGGACCCGAGCUGCACGCAGCGAGCUCGGGCUCCAGGGACCGGCCGGAGGGAUCUGUGUGUGUCCACGCUCGAGGUGUCGCAGAGGGUCCCUCCUGGGCAGGGACGUGGCCCCUCACGCUCCAACCUGCGCUCGGAGCCGGGCGUUGGUUUAGGAGGGGGAUUAUAAUUACUGAGGAAUUAUUUCAUCGCAAGAGGUAAGACUUCAGUCUGGACAUGUUGUACAGAGGAAAAACACCCACCAGAAGUGAAGAGUAAGAAGUAGCUUGUUGGUUUGCACUGUGGAAGAAGGUUGGUAGCAGACAGGUAUUUUGUAGAGUCCCGUUUCAUUUAAUAGGUGUAUUUGCUGUAUGAAAACUGGCAUGAUUAAUGAGGAUUCAUGAUUUGCAGAACACAUGAAGUUUUGGGGGACAUAGAACAGUGCAGAGGAAACCAGCCAAGCCCAGUGAGUGACCUGCGCGGGAGCAGAGGGUUCGGUGCUGACAGAUGAGAGCAAAAGCUGGUUCUUCCAGCCCAAGAGCACCGUCCCCAUGAACUGCGGCCAUCUGAUGGUGGCAACGCUCCUGAUGGCUCCAGUGGCCCACAGGCAGUGUGUGAGGAGCAGAAGCUGGUGCUGAGCUGGUGGGGCUGGUGGUGCUGCAGGAAUGAGUUGCCGUUGCCUGGUGCGGGUGCUGGAGAAGGCUGAGGACACCAGGGAAGGGCUGGAAGGGCUGUCAGCUCGAGCACCCUGCACGGCCCCGGCAGAAAGGGACGACCCGCAGUGACGGCUCCUGCACGUCGUGGAGCUGAUCAUGGGUCUGUGAGGCUUCCUCAGGUCUGCGCUGCUCCUCCAGAGCCUGACCACAGACUCACUGAGCGGUGGAGGUGGGCAGGGACCGCUGGAGAUCCCUGGUCCUCCCUCUGCUCAGCAGGCGCACCCGGAGCUGUGUGCCCAGGACAUUGUCCCGUCGGGUGUUCAUGUCUCUGGUGGUGGAGACUCCAGCACCUCUCUGGGCACCCUGUGCCUGUGCUCGGUCACCUCACGGUGAAGACAGGAUCAUGUGCGUUCAGACAGAAUUCCCUGUGUUUCAGUGUGUGCCUCUUGUCCCACCGCGGGUGCCACCGGGCAGUGUCUGGCUGCAUCUUCUUCACUCCCCCGUCAGGUAUUUCACAGAAUCACAGAAUCCCAGGAUGUCAGGGGUUGAAGGGCCCUGGAAAGCUCAUCCAGUGCAAUCCCCCCAUGGAGCAGGAACACCCAGAUGAGGUUACACAGGAAGGUGUCCAGGCGGGUUGGAAUGUCUGCACAGAAGGAGACUCCACAACCCCCUGGGCAGCCUGGGCCAGGCUCUGCCACCCUCACCGAGAAGAAGUUUCUUCUCACAUUUAAGUGGAACCUCCUGUGUUCCAGUUUGCACCCAUUGCCCCUUGUCCUGUCCCUGGUUGUCACCAGAAGAGCCUGGCUCCAUCCUCCUGACACUCCCCCUUUCCAUCUUGAUCCCCAGGAAUGAGUCCCCCCUCAGUCUCCUCUUGUCCAGCUCCAGAGCCCCAGCUCCCUCAGCCUUUCCUCACACAGGAGAUGCUCCACUCCCUCCAGCAUCUUGGUGGCUGCGCUGGACUCUCUCCAGCAGUUCCCUGUCCUGCUGGAACUGAGGGGCCACAACUGGAGAACUGGUAUUUGUACAAGCUGGGGAGGUCCCCUCCAACCUUCUCUUCUCCAGGCUGAGCAGUCCCAGCUCUCUCAUCUCUCCUUUUGUGUCAGAUGCUCCAGUACCUUCAUCAUCUCUGUGACCUCCACUGGACACUGCUCCAGGUGUGCUCCACCAGUGCUGGGCCCAGAGGAGGGGUCACCCCUGACCUGCAGCACCCCUGGGCCUCCCGCAGCCCAGGACCCCCAUGGCGUCUUUUCCUGCAGGGACACGCAGGCGGCUGGUGUCUCAGCACCCCAGCUCCUGCAGCUGCUCAGCCCAGCGUGUGCUGCCGGGUGAGGCCGUUCCCAGCUCCUGGGUGCAGGACCUCGCGCUUCCCUCGGCUGAACUUCACGAGGUCGCUCUUGGCCCGUCCCUCCAGUGGGUCGGGGAUGCUCUGCGGGGCCACAGACCCAUUUGGUGCAUCGGCUGCUCCUCUGUGGUGUGUCACCUGCACAAAAGGUGUGUCACCCACACAGAAGGUGUCACCUGCAUGAACUAUGUGCCAUCUCCACUGACUGCCCCGCCAUCCAGGUAUUUAAUGAAGACACUGAGAGGAACUGGCCGCGCAGCAGCCGCGGGGUUGUGCCCACCGGAGUCACGAGGCUCCAGCUGGACCUUGUGCCGCUGACCAUGGCCCGUGGAGCCCGGCUGCUCAGCCGGGUCCCAACCAGCCUCCCCUCUGCUUGUGCUGCGUGUCCUUCCCCAGCCUGCUCGUGAGGCUGCUGGGGGAGACGCUUCAGGAGGUCUCACUAAGCCAGAGUAAACAAGGUCCCUGGCUCAUCCCUCACCAGGCCUGUUUGGUGGCGGGAGGCUGCCAGGUGGCUCAGGCUCAUUUCCCCUUUGGGAAGCCGUGCUGGCUGCUCCCGGCCGUGUUCUCAUCCUCGGUGUGUUUGGAAACGGUUUGCGGGAUGAUUUGCUCCGUCACCUCCCCAGGGCUGCUGCGAGGGUGAGCAGCUGCCGUCCCUGGUCCUGCUGCCCUGACCCGCGUCACGGCUGCUGCCGCGGAGCCGCGUCGUGCGGGAGGCACAAAGUGAUCGUCCCACGCUUGCGCGGCUGCUCGGCUGCUUUUGGAGAACACGAGCUUUACUGCUCAGGUGCAGUGCGGGUGCUGGGCCCCUUCACAAAGUCUCCGACCCCUCUGAAAGCUCCUUAUGAAGCUUUAGACCAGUCGUGGGUGUUCAGCACUGCCAGGAACACACGAGCUGUGCCUGAGGUGAGGGAUCUGUGCAGCCCACGAUCCACAGGACCGGGCUGCCUGGGCUGCAGGACUUCACGCACAAGUGCUGCCCACAGGCUCUGCUUUUACUCCUGCUCCGGAGACGCCAUGCGGGAGUGCGGCAGCCCCUAGAGUUACAGAAUUUAACAGUUCUCUCCCACUUUGCUCAUUCUGGUGUUCAUGUGAAGAGCCCUUCCAGUGCUUCUUCAGCAUCCUCAGCCCCCCAGCCGCCCGUGGAGUUACCGCAUCGUGUUUGGGGGGACAGGACAUCGGGUACAGUUAACGCUGCUAGGUUGUGUCAGUGUUGCAGGUGCUCCCUUGCAGCAUCCCUUUGCUUUCCCGCUGUGAAGGAGAAGCACGCAGAAGUGCCAGAUUGAUCUUCCCUAAUGAAAGUGCACGAGUGGAGUCCUGAGAACAAAUGACAGCAGGAAGUUCGGUCGCCUUCAGUGAAAAACCUUCUUCUCGGUGGUUCUACAGAUCAGCCUCGCGCUGUUGGGCACCUUUUCCCUGUGGGCUUGCUUUACGGGGAUGAGCUUAUCCUCUGUUUGGAUUAUUCUGCUGGGAGCCAGGAGGACAUUUCUUGCCGAAAUUGAGCAGUGAAGGAGGAGCGGUGGGUUGGCAGGCGGUCCCUGCGCACAGCUCAUCCGUCUGGCAGCAAUGCAGCUCGGUCCAUCGCUGCCGCAGCGUCACCCGGGGCUUCCAGAGCCUGUCCUGUCUGCGCUCCUGCCUCCGCCCUCCCUCGGCAGGGAUGGGUCUCAUGAGACAGUUCUGGAAGACAAAAUCCUUUUGGAAUGGGAACCGUAGGUGUGCUGGGUCUCUCCGGGACAGGCACCAUUCUGGGCAGGAAGCCUCCAAGCAUCCUUCUGCGUUUCAGGCAAAGAGGGGAUUAGUGUCCAGCUCUGCCCCAAGCCCAGCCUGGCUGCGGUCACAGCGCUGCUUCUGCUCUGGGUCACCGAGCGCCGGUGGAGUCACCAGAGCAGCCUCGUGUCACCCGACAGCCAUCGCAGGAGGACAGUCCUACGUGCAGAUCUAGCGGGAAGCGAUGGGGAAGCUUCUGAGGGCUGGUAUGAAAACACCUGCAAGCCAGGAGCAGCAACACAACAGUUUGCGGAGCAAAAGCAAAGCGUUUCUUUGGAGCGUGAGAAGCACGUUACCGCUGUUGCCAAAUCUGCCCUCGCCUUGCAGAAAUUCAGACUGAGAGACAGAGUUCAAAGGAGAAAUCCUCAUCCAUUAGGGACUCGGUCAGGAAAUCUGCUUUUUAAUAUCUUCAGUAAAAGUACUCCCAGAAGGCUUAAUUAGCUGCCCUACAAAUGCGUAAUCCCUCUUUUCUUUGGUUAGAACUUACGUUUUCAUCAAGCUGAUGUCUCUUUGCUUGUGAGACGCCUCCCGUGAGACCCGUCCUCCCUCUCUGCUGAUUCCAGCUGGUCC